UUUUAUCUUGAAAGUCUUUCCAUCUCCCAUAGAUUCCGCCGCUGCCUCCCCCCAAUCUACGACCAUAUACUUCCAAGCCUUGAAAGUAAAACAGACAUUACAGUUAAAACAUGUCCCACGUUGAUGUCACAGUCGAUGAGGCUACGAUCAACGCCAUCCGUCAGAGAAUGUUGGAAACCGGCGAUUGGGAGCGAAUACAAAAGCUACUAAGAGCACAUUUAGAAGAGAGCGGAUGGGUUGAUGAUCUCAAGGACCUUGCAAAAGAAAAAGCUCGAGCUCAGGAUGUACCAAACCUCGAAAACCUUGUCAAACAAAUCAGCGAGAGUGCAGCUGGUAUGGUAAGCGAUAACGUCAAGCGUGACGUGAUGCUCGAAAUUGAAAGCGUGCUCGACCGAGAGGUUGACCAAGCAUGAAACAUUGGACUGCGGCGUAGACUAUGAUGAGGAUGGGAAAAUGCCAAAAAGGCGGUAGACGGGAGAGCAGAAAGGGGGGAGCGUCUCAAUUGUUCAUCGGGGAAGAUCGACUUUUCGUAAACGAUCACAUUAAUAGAGCAUCCUUGUUUGUUGUAUGCAUAGUUCGUUAUAUAGUUU